AUGACCUACGUCUCAGAUGAUCCCAGUUGGUGGCCGGCAAUCGAUUUCAAUAUUCUUUUCAGCUAUUGGAUAGUUUCCACGGGCGUCGUGGUGGUAUACGAUUGGGUCUUAACACUUGGACAAGAGAUUGAACUCAUAUGGAGACAAGGCUGGUCUCUCAUGACCGUGCUGUAUUUGAUUACACGCUAUAUGGGAAUACCGUAUUCUGUUGCCCUUGUUCUGCGACACAGGAAAUAUGCCAUCGGUAUCGCUGACAGAUGCAGCGCUAUCAUGUAUCAUGCAUCAAGUGGGACAACUGUGGUCUUGACUGCCAUGUUGGAUGUGAUCAUGAUUGCUCGGUUAUAUGCCAUGUAUGAGGGAUCUAGAAAGAUGUUUAUGUUCCUUGUUAUUAUCUUCCUGGCUGUAAACAUUGCCUGCGGAGUAAUCGUGGCAAUAGCACUCAACGAUACUGUACUGGUAGAGGAGUUGAUAAUCUCUGGCACGAAUAUGUGCGGUUAUGUAUAUGAAGGGGACGAGCAGCUUCUGUUUUCGAUCAUUUGGAUACUCAACACUGUUUGGGAGGUCCUCACAUUGUAUCUUUCAGUUUGGGUUGCUGUGAAACACUUCCGUGAGCUGCGACAACUCGGCCCAUCGACAGGAUCGACCAUCAGGGACUGUUUUAGAGUGCUUAUACAAUCUCACACUCUCUAUUUCGCAAGCUUUGUUGGUGUCUCUUGCCUCCAGCUUGCUUAUAGCUCUCCGGAAAUCGCGACUUCUAGUUCUACUGGAGUUUCGAUCCUCGAAGGUGCUCUUGAAAUUUUAUCGGUCGUGCAGAUGUUUGUGCUGGGACCACGCCUCAUCCUGAGCGUUCGAGAAUACAACGCCAAACUCGUGGCAUCCUCCGAUGCAGAAACUAGCAUGAAUUCGAUUGUUUUCCAUGAGCAUGUGCAUGUAUCAACUAGCAGUACUGUGUAG